GAAUAUAUCCGCGCCAGAUUUCAGCGGGAAGUUUUCCGUAGAGGUUUUGUUAUUAUUCUGAUUUUUAUGUACGAUCUGCUAUUUUGAACCAACAGAUGAGCUGUAUCUACUAACACCGAAAAUUUGGCACAAAACUGGAAUCCUCGGAAAUGCUUGGAGCUCCAGAGCACGUUGUUAAUGAGGUGCCACUCCCUGGUGCUGCUGAAGAUAGUGAUGAUGAUGAUGAGAUUAUCUUGAAGAAAACCAGAAAGACCAUCAAACCAGCCAUAUUUGACAGCGAUGAGGAGGAUGAAGGUUGCCCACCGGAUUCUUUAAAAGAAAAUUUGGACCCUCAAGUCCAGAAAACUGACCAGGAAGAAGGGACAGAACCCAAGGAAGAUGCAGGUUCAGAGAGUGAUCAGGAGGAUAAAUCUGAGAGUGAUAAAACUGAUGGUGAUAUUGAGAUGAAAGAAAAUGCAAGUUCUGUUACAAAGCUGUCAAGAAUUCUGCAGCCAGACCUGAUUGAUAGUGAAGGGGAGAGCGAGGAUGAAGGAAACAUAGAAGCAAAAAGUCAGCCUCAGGAGUCCGAUCAAAGUGAAAGUUGUGAUGAGGAAGAUGACCAACCAAACAAACCUCUUAAUCCAAAAUAUAACUUAAAGGGGGGUGCUUCUAAAGUAUCUGCUGGGGCAAGGAAGCAGAGUAAAAAUAAUCUUGAUGUUCAUAGUGAAACACAGAGAAUAGUAAGAGAAUCAGCAGUGCGUAUUCCCUAUCACAAACCUAAACCUCUGUCUUUACAAGCCUUGCUUAACAAGACCCAGCAAAAACAGCAACAGCUUCAAGCAGUAAAAGGGCCAUUGUGGAAACUCCCUCCCAGUAAAUUACCACAGAUUCCAAUGACAACUUGCCUACCUGAUGAUGAAGAGGAAAAGGUGGAGAAACCUGAAGCUGAAAACCAAAACACAGAGGAACAAAUAACAGGAACAUUAUUAACAGACACAAAUAAUGACAAAAAAGAAAGAAAUGACGUUGAUGAAGAAGAAUUACCUGAUUUGGUUCAAACUGAGGGAAGAGCAUGUGAAGAGCAAAGAGACCAGGGGCAAUGUGAAUCUAGUGAUAUUAAUAUGAAAGACAAUGAUUUAAUGAGUGAACAGGCCAAAAGUGAGGUGGUUCCAGAUCAACCUCUGUUAAAUCCCAGAUCAUCUGACGCAUUAAUCAGUAGUGGUAACUCAGAUAGUGAACCAAAAGAGUUGGACUCUGGAAUUGAAAUAUCCCCUAUUUCUUCUGAAGAUGAUUCCAACUGCUCAAAUAAAGACCAAUCUAAACAGACGCAUACUCCCCAAGUAGUUGAAAAUCUGGACAAGAACCCUUCUGCAAAUGCGGACAAGUCCGUCAGCCUGACUCCUAAAUCAACACAAAAAAGAAGUACCUUAACACCAAAAUUGUCAGCACUACAUGUUGAUUUAAAGAACACACCUAAAUUAAGUGGAGGUGCUGGGGCAGACUUUAUAGACCUUGGAGAGGAUGUGUCCUUAAAGGUGAAGCGCCCAGGUAUAGACAAGUUGAUGGAAAGGCUGAUACAACAUUCUGCAAAAAGGGCUGCUAAGCCCAAGAGAGAAAUGGAAGUUAGCACCGUCACAAAAGAAGUCACAGGCAAUAACCAAGAGGAAUUAAAACUAAACAAAUUCACCAUUACUCUGGAGGCAGAGGAAGAACCAGAUGAACUGAAAAAACCAGGGGCUAAACUUGUCAAAUUAAGGGAAAAACUACAACUAGGAAUUAAGGCAAAAAGGGAAGCUGCAAGACAACAGCGUCAGGAAUUAUACGAGCUGGAGAAUGAGGAAGGUUACGAGGAGGAGCAAAAUGAGGAGGAAGACCUAGAGGCCGAGUUGACAGACCAGACAGAUACUGAUGCUGAGGGGGAUGAGGAUGAAGAGGAAGAUAUGGAAGAGAAUGAAGAUUAUCUGAAUGAUGAUGAAAAGGACAGAGAAAGAAAUCCAUUUGUUGAUGAAGAGGCUGAGGAUGAAGAUGAAGAUGAUGAUGACAUGAUGGUAGAGGAGGAGGAUAUACACCUGCACUUGGACCUAGAUGAUGAUAAAGAAAAUUCUGAUGCACAAAAAACAAAACCAAAGAAAAAGAAGUCUGAACUCAACAAAUCCAAAACUAUGGACCUCUUUGCUGACAGCGAUGACAGUCAACCUCCCUUAGAAAGUGUUCAGAAUGGAAGAGACACGCCUACUUUGGAAGGGGAACUGAUUAGUACACAGCCUGUAGAGGAAGAUGUCACCCCACAGCAUAAAGACUCUUUCCGCCCCAGUUUAUUCAAAGAUAAGGACACCAGCCUGAGCAGCGCUGACACCAGUUUUGAGAUGAUGGGCUCCAUGAUCCCAGCACACCAACCAGGAGGAGGGUUAAAACACACUGGGAACCCCGUGAAACCCCAAAUAACCACCCCCACACUGCUCAGCAAAAUACCGUCUGCUAUAUCAAGGAGUAGCAGUAAACUGUCUGACUUAACACUCCCAGUGGAAGAUUCUCAAGAUUUGUAUGGACCUAUGCAUACCCAGCAGGAGAAUAUCCAAGAUUCACAAAAUUUUCACUUUUCUUUGGACUAUGAUGAGUCACAGUCUCAAAUUCUUGAUGCAGAUGGAUUCUUGAAAUUAGAUCCAACCCAGAAAAAAUCAUCAAAGCGUCAGUUGGAUCUUGGACAAAGUCAGAGUCAGGAUAACUUUGAUGAACUUCUUAACCUGUGUUCAGGUGGAUUUGGUGAAGGCCCCCAGCAGUCCAGUCAGAAGGUGUCAAAGAGUAGGGGGAUAUUCAGUAAAUUAGUGGCCCCCACACAGGAUAACAUGGAUGAGUUGUUAGGACUCUGUUCAGGGCAGUUCAGUGGCAGUCAACAAGCAGCAUCUCAAGUCACGGCAUUGAAACCAAGUCAAAACAAUAGUCAGUCUCAGAAUGUGGGAAAGGUAAUUGAGAAGGAUGAGGAUCUAGACAGUCCUCAAAAGCCCCAGCGAGUGGCGAAAAAGCGUAAAGCCGUGAUUGAGGACAGUGAUGAGGAAGAUGGCGAUAUGGGGACGGCACCUUUUGAGAUUGUCGAGGAGACCAACCUCUCAAACGAUGGAUGGGAAAAGGAAAAACAGGAUGACCUUGGUAGCGAUGAAGAAGCAGAGGGUGGUCAUGUAAGAGACAGCGAGGAUGAAGAUGAUGAUGAAAUGCCUGUCAAGUUCUCUGGUUUUACCUACUCAAAUCAGCAUGGGAAAAUAAGAAAAGAAUUUGUGGAUGAGGAAGCUGAACUUUCAGGGAGUGAGUAUGACAGUGAUGAAAAUGUAGACCUGGAUGAAAAAGAUGACAUAAUGGAGCACGAGUCAGGAGAUGAAGAUGCUUUGCCAGAUGAUGAGGAGAUCAGGAAUCAAGUUGGAAGGGUACAGCUAAAACAAGCAAUAGAUGCUGACAAGAGGGAGCUGAGGUUACUGCAGGAGAUGUACCUGCCUGAUGGUGACCUCUACUCGGAAGGAGGGGGAAGAGUCCGGAAAUUCCGAUGGAAUAAUAUAGAUGAAGAUGACACCCAGCAGGACAUGUUUGGCGGUCAGUCAGAUGAUGAGAACCAAAACGAGGAGGAAGGAGAGAACGAGACAAGAUGGAGAAUGGAAAGAUAUGAAAGAGAGAAAUGGAUAGAGGAGCAAAAGUUACAAGAAGAGGGAGUGCGAGAAGAUGAAAGUAGCCAGUUAAUUAAACUUGGACGAGCUGUUCUGAGGCCUAAGAAAGUUUGUGCAGGAAGCAGUGUGAAACCACCGACAGUGAAAUCUAGCAAAUCAAGUGAGAAACAUCCCACUACACCCAAAAGCUUGAGUAAAAUUGGGCACUUAAGAAGAGGCUCCUUUAUGGGUAGAAACAAGGAAGUGUUAGCUCAGAUUGCUCAAACAGUAAAACCAGUCACAAAUCCACAGGGGCCUAGAAAUUCUCGGAAUUUUGUAUUUGCUGCCGUUUCCCCAGAACAAGAGAAAGAAAAACCACAGCCUGUGAGAAGAUCAGUGAGUUUGGGUGGAAGCAAUGGGCCAAAUCCAAAAAGACUGAAGCUUGAUCAGCCAUCUUCUUUCUCUCAAGACAGCAUUUUUAAUUUACUUUAAUAUCUUGUUAACAUUGCUUGCAUUUUGAUGUCUGUGAGCCCUUUAUACCAAGAUAUUAAAAUGAAAGAUCUUAUUUUAGCAGGUACUGUAAUUAAAUGUAAUUUGUUAGCAAAAAUGCAAAAAACUUGUCAAUACUUUAAAAAAAGAUACAUCAGAUUGAUCAAAAAUUGGGCACAGAUAACAAUAAACCAAUCCAAAAGUGUCGGAUAAGAAGAAAUGGAAACUGUACCAGUUUCAGUUUGUCAACCUCCAGCAAGGCAACACUUAAGAUUGAAAUAGCUUUAUAUUAACAGCAACUUCCAGGUGUAACCGAGUUCUCAGCCUGUUUUAAUUCAAUUAUCACAUCAAGGAACUUUGCCAUUCCUUUACCUUUAAAUUUAAAAGUGCACGGUGUAAGAUUUUCCCAUGAAAAACUCAAAAGUUUUAUUUUAAUUCUCAAUUCAAGAUAUGCCCACUCUGGUCAAUGAAUGACCAGGGUCGUUGCUUUGGUUGUAGUACUCAUGAGAUGAUAGCCAGUAAUAAGAUGGCAGGCAUUAAUUUGUUGAAAAGCGACAGAUUGUUUCUGAAAAUUGGGUAGGAGAGUUGAUUAUAUGUAUUUGAAAAAGAAUGUAAAGUUAUUUUUUAAUUAUAUCACAUAUGUAUGUAUUAGAAUUCUAUCUUGUAAACCCAAAAUUUGGGUUUGGUUAUAACAGAAGUUGUAUAUAAUUAUGUAUUUAUCUGAGCAGACUUUGUUGUAACAAGAAAGUGCAAAAUGUGUUAAAUAAAAUGUUUAAAAAAUGAAUAA